AUGGCAAAAAAGGAGAGAUUAACACCAGCAGAAAGACGGCGGCGUUAUCGGGAGAAACGAAAAAAUGACCCUGAGAAGGCAGCUGAAAUAAAGCGUAAGGAUUUAGAAAGAUACCAUGCUCGUAAGAAGCUAGUGGCUGAAAUGAGCAUACAAGAGCACCGAAUGAAAAAGCGAAUAUGGCAAGAAGCAAAUAAAAGAAGAAGGAUGAAGAAAAUUAUGCUACUUUUAAACACGCCGGGUCCAUCAUCAUUACCAGAAAUCCUACGAAUGACUCCAUCUGCAACACUGACUCCCUCUGAAGUGUCUACUCGUAGUUUAAGAGAAAGAAAGAAAGUGAAAAGAUAA